AUGACCUUGGGGACUUGCUGGAGCAGCAGCAGAAAGCAGCAGCAGCAGCAGCAGGAGCAGCAGCUACUGCAGCAGCAUCACCAGGAGCAGAUACUGCAGCAGCAGCACCAGCAGCAGCUACUGCAGCAGGAGUACCAGCAGCAGCUACUGCAGCAGGAGUACCAGCAGCAGCUGCUGCAGCAGGAGUACCAGCAGCAACUACUGCAGCAGCAGCAGCUGCUGCUACUACAGCAGGAAUACCAGCAGCAGCUAGCGCACCAGCAGCAGCUAGCGCAGCAGCAGCAGCUGCUGCUACUGCAGCAGGAGCACCAGCAGCAGCUACUGCAGCAACAGUACCCGCAAAACGCGUUCGUGCAACAGCAGCAGCAUCAUCCCCAGCAGCAGCAGCAGCAGCAGCAGCAGCAGCGAGAAGUGUUGGUGCUGCAGCAACGGCGGAGAAGGGGACCCCUACAGCAGCAGCAGCUUCAUCAGCAGCAGCAGCAGCAGCAGCAGCAGCAACGCCGACAGCUGCAGCAACUCACAGAGCAGCAGACGCAACUGCAGCAACAGCAGCUUCAGCAGAAGCUGCUGCGCCAGCAACCACUGCAGCAGCCAUAG